CUACUUCAUCAGUGUCGUUUCCUUUGUUCUAGAGAGAGAAACAAAAGGAGAGCAUAGUUAGUAGUAGUACAUAUCCUAAUUCCUUUAGGAGAGAGAAAAUAGUUGUCUGAACAAAUAUUAAGUGUUUACAGAGUGUAGCUACCUCAACUAUCUCUCAUUACCUCCAUUUCUAUACCUUCUUUUUGUCUCUUCAUCUUCAUUCCUUCAUUUUCCUACAAUUAUUUCUUCCAAAAACCCUAAUUUUCUCGUUAAAUUUCAUUACUCUUCUUUUUAAUGAAUUAUACCCCAUCAUUAUUAUUAUUAGUAUUACUAUUAUUAGUUUAAACCAGUUUUUCUCUCUCUCUUCUUCAAUCUUUCCGAUGGCAAUGUACAGUCACUCUUCAAUCUAGAAAUUUUUCUCUCUCCUAGGGUUUUUAUUUUCACCUUCUCAAAGAUGUACUCAACUACCAGUAGUUCUAGUUCUAAUACUAGUAGUACUAGUAGUAAAAGUAGUGUGAUUUUUUCUCUUUUGUUAUUUUUCUUUUUUACUCCGGUUUUGGUUUUCUGUAAGUCCGAUGAAGUUCGAGCACUUUUAGAGUUCAAAAAGGGGAUCCAAAGCGACCCACAUGGUAGAAUCACCGCAACAUGGAAUGCAACGGCGGUCGCAACUGCUGCAGAUCUCGAUUCCUGCCCUAACUCCUUUCAUGGCGUAUUUUGCGACGAUUCAUCGAAUUCCGUCGUCGCCAUUGUUCUCGACAGCUUAAAUCUUUCCGGUGAGUUGAAGUUUAGUACUCUAAUUGGUCUUAAUAUGCUCCGAAACCUAAGUUUAAAGGGAAAUCAUUUUAGUGGUCGAUUAGUUCCUCAAUUAGGUUCUAUGAGUAAUUUACAGUACUUAGAUCUAUCGGAUAAUAGAUUCUUUGGCCGGAUCCCCGACCGCCUUCAUGAUAUCUGGAACUUGCAGUACUUGAAUUUAUCGAAUAAUCGAUUUGAUGGCGGUUAUCCCACCGGAAUUCGGAACCUCCAGCAACUUAGGGUUUUGGAUAUGCAUGCUAAUAGUCUUUGGGGUGAUAUUGCUGUCUUCUUCUCUGAGCUCAGGAAUGUGGAGUUUGUUGAUUUGAGUUUUAACAAUUUUUCGGGUGCGCUUCCUGUUGAUCCGUUGAAUGUUUCUACUUUGGGGAAUACGAUUCGGCAUUUGAACUUGAGUAGGAAUCUCUUGGGUGGGAUGUUUUUGUCUGAGGAUACAUUGGCAUUGUUCCAGAGUUUGGCUGUAUUGGAUUUGGGAGAUAAUAUGAUUGGGGGAGAGCUUCCUUCAUUCGACUCGUUGUUCAAUUUGAGGGUCUUGCGUCUGCAUAAUAAUCAGCUGUAUGGAGAGAUACCGGGAGAGCUGCUGACGACUUCGAUUCAUUUGAUGGAACUGGAUCUUAGUGGAAAUGGGUUUUCGGGUUCUAUUCGUGGUAUCAACUCAACAACAUUGGAGAUACUUGAUCUGAGUUCAAACAGGUUGACGGGUAGCUUUCCGGAUUUCAGUAUACAAUCAGCUUUGACUACCUUGAGAAUCAGUAAUAACUCUUUAGAAGGUAGCUUGCCUUCUGAAUGGCGUCAGUUCUCAAGAUUGUCCAAGAUUGACCUGAGCAUCAACAACUUGGCUGGGCCAAUUCCAUCUGCUUUAUUUUCAUUGAACUUGAUAGACCUAAAUCUUUCUAGAAAUAAUUUCAACGGAGCAAUCCCCUUCCCAGAAUCUACAGUUGGCGAACUCCUGGCUCAACCUGUUUUUGCACCUUUGGAGUCCUUAGAUCUUUCGUAUAAUUCGUUAGUAGGCGAACUAUCCUCGGAUAUAGGAUUCUUGGUUAGUCUGAGAUUAUUGGAUCUUGCAAAGAAUAGUUUAUCAGGACAUAUUCCCGGUUCAUUGGUCAAGAUAGAGGGGUUGGAGUCCCUCGAUUUGUCAAACAAUCAAUUUAAGGGUCACUUACCUGAUAAGCUUCCUUCAAGUCUUAAGGCGUUGAAUGUGACCUACAACAAUCUGUCAGGUGUUGUGCCCAAAAGCUUAAGAACAUUUCCACCGAGUUCGUUUCAUCCUGGAAACGAGAAGCUAGUUAUCCCAGGUUUUGGAGGAUCACCAAGUGGCGAUUCAAGUUAUUUUUCUGGAGGGGAUAGGCAUCACAAUUCAAAGUCUAGUAUCAAGAUAGCCAUUAUACUUGCCUCGGUUGGGGCUGCUGUCAUGAUUGCAUUUGUUGCAGUCGCUUACUAUCGUUCUCAGUUUAAUGGGAGGAGCAAAUUCAAUGGUUCAACUCCUGGAAGAGAUGUUAAAGGAAGAAUUACUCGGCCUUCUCUUUUCAAAUUUCAUGCAGGCUCUGAUCCUUCAGAAACUUCAUUGAGUUUUUCCAAUACUCAUUUACUAACUCCUAAUUCGAGGUCAUUGUCAGGACAAGCUGAACUUGUUACAGAUAUUGCUGAGCGUGCACCUGUGGCAGCCGCAUCUGGUACUUCCUACAUGAAGCCCAAUCUCCCUGAUAAUCCGGUAGUGACAUCGGCAAGAAAGUCUCCUCCAGGUUCACCAUUGUCAUCCUCACCUCGUUUCUUUGAGACAUCUGAACAACCCGUAACAUUGGAUGUCUACUCACCUGAUCGGUUUGCUGGAGAGUUGUUUUUCCUUGAUGCAUCACUUGCAUUCACAGCUGAGCAGUUAUCUCGAGCCCCAGCUGAAGUUCUUGGUCGAAGCAGUCAUGGUACAUUGUAUAAGGCCACACUCAGUGGUGGGCAAAUGUUAACAGUGAAGUGGCUGAGGGUGGGAUUGGUAAAAAAUAAGAAAGAUUUUGCCAAGGAAGUCAAAAAGAUUGGUUCAAUGAGGCAUCCUAAUAUAGUACCAGCACGAGCUUAUUAUUGGGGACCCAGAGAACAGGAAAGGCUUAUAUUAUCAGAUUAUAUCAAUGGAGAUAGCCUGGCACUUCACCUGUAUGAGUCCACGCCUAGAAGAUACUCUCUUUUGUCAUUCAGUCAAAGACUGAAAGUUGCUGUUGACGUGGCCCGCUGCCUGGUCUUUCUUCAUGAUAGAGGCAUGUGUCAUGGAAACCUGAAGCCUACAAAUAUACUCUUAGCCGGGCCUGACUUUAGUGCCCGGCUUACUGAUUACGGCUUACACCGCUUGAUGAUGCCUGCUGGAAUUGCUGAGCAGAUUUUGAAUCUCGGGGCACUUGGUUAUUGUGCUCCUGAACUUACUAAUGCCUCUAAGCCAAUGCCGUCAUUCAAAGCUGAUGUAUAUGCAUUCGGGGUGAUUCUUAUGGAAAUAAUGUCAAGAAGAAGUGCUGGUGAUAUCAUAUCAGGCCAAUCAGGUGCAGUUGACCUCACAGAUUGGGUUCGGCUGUGUGAUCAAGAAGGGCGGCGUAUGGACUGUGUAGAUAGAGACAUUGCAGGGGGAGAAGAACCCUCGAAAGCGAUGGAUGAUAUGCUCGGUAUAUCCCUUAGGUGUAUUCUUCCUGUAAAUGAGCGGCCUAACAUUCGACAAGUCUUUGAACAACUGUGUUCAAUAUCUGGUUGAAACUCUUUCUGUACAUGUUAGUCUCUCUCUCUCUCUCUCUCUUUUACCACAGACUUGUUUUUGGGUUAUAAUCCUCUUCCCUCUGCCUGCCCCCUUUGGGUUAGUCUUCUGACUUCUGCAAUUGGUUUUGGGAAGGGGCUUGAAAUGUGGGCUGAUUCUUCUCAUUCUUUUUUUUCAAAUUUUUUCUUGUGUAAAGUUACGAUUGAUCCAUUGUUUGAUUGACACAUUUUUGAGUUUGAUGAUGAUGGUGAACGGAAAGCUGGCUGCUAUUUUUUUGGUGCCUUCUUUCACCAUCCUUGCUUACCAUUUACUAAUGCACUUUGAGAUUUGAUUC